AUGCCGGUCAGCCUGGUGACGACGUCACUCCUCCCGCCGUGCCGCGCCGCCGCGUCAUCGUCGGCACGCGCCAUGCGUUCGUUCGCGCGCCGGCCGUCGGCUUCCUCCGCCGGGCUCGUCGGCGGCGUGCGCUGCCACGCCGCGUCUCCGCCGCCGCCGGAGUUCCCGGGCAGGACGACGCCGGCCGAGGUGCCUGGCACGGACCGCCCGCCGUCCGAGGUGCCGGGGACGAACCGCCCGCCGGACGAGUUGCCGAGCAUCGACACGCCGCCGGGCGUGGACGUGCCGAUGCCGGGGCGGCCAGUGCCCGGGCCGGAGCUCCCUGGCCCGGCGAUGCCGUCGCCGCUGGCGCCGGAGCUCCCGACCAUGCUGCCCAACCCCGACGUCCCGCCGCCGCAGCUCCCAGAGGUGGACCCGCCCAGGCCGCCGCUCGAGGUUGUCCCGCCGCAGCCGCCGGUCGCCGCUACGGUGCCGCCUCCCUUUGUGUAG